GUCGAGACUGCUUCCAGUCAUUUUGGCAUUCCAGAUCAACCCCUAGCCUGAGAUCCUCACCGACAUGUCUCUGCGCUCACUCUUCGUAGCUGGCUUGGCCACCCUGGCACUGGCGGCGCCCGCCCCCCAGAUUCAGGCCCGCCAAGGCAUGAGCUCUAACGAGCUCGAGAGCGGCCCUUGUCGUGAUGUGACUUUUAUCUUUGCUCGAGGCUCCACCGAGCAGGGCAACAUGGGGUUCAUCGUGGGACCUGGAGUCUGCAGCUCGCUGAAAAACGAUCUCGGCUCCGACAAGGUCGCCUGUCAGGGCGUAGGCGGCGCAUAUACCGCCCAAUUGGCCCCCAACUUCCUUUCUCAGAACACUGAUCAGGCAUCCAUCGAUGCGGCCACGGAUAUGUUCGACCUGGCUAACACCAAGUGCCCGAAUACGAAGAUCGUGGCUGGUGGAUACAGCCAAGGUUCUGCUGUCAUCGAUAACGCGAUUCAGGCGCUUGACAGUGAUCUGAAAGAUAAGGUCAAGGGAGUGGUUCUUUUUGGUUUCACCCGUAAUGUGGUUGACAAGGGACAAAUCCCGGGUUACCCCAAGGACCAGACCAAGAUUUACUGCGCUGUUGGUGAUCUGGUUUGUGAUAAUACACUGAUUAUCACCGCUGCCCACUUGAGCUAUGGGGCCGACGCAGAUGAUGCUGCUAAAUUUCUUGCCUCAAAGGUCCAGGGAUAAUCGUGGAUCAUGAUGACAAUGUCGAUUGACUGGGAAAAACAAUUGGAAAGCUGGUCUGUCCAUAGUCAUAUGUCGACGUAUCCAU